GAUUCGAUUCAAUAUCGAUUCUUGGGGUCACGAUUCGAUUCUAAAUCAAUUUUUUCCGAUUCAAUGCGAUUCUGGAUUGAAAAAGGAUAUUUUCCCGAUUCAAAAGGAUUGUCUAUUCAUUGAAUACAUAGGAUUUGAGCAGGAUCUACCCCAGUCUGCUGACAUGCAAGCAGAGUAAAAAGCUUUUAUAAUUGUAAAGGACAAUGUUUUAUCAACUGAUUGCAAUAAUGUACAUUUGUUUGAACUAUUAAAUGAAGCAAAAAUAUGACUUAUUUUAUCUUUGUGAAAAUAUUGGACACAGUGUGUUGUCAGGCUUAUGAGAUGCGAUGCAAGUCUAAGCCACUGUGACACUAUUGUUCUUUUUUUAUUUUAUAAAUGUCUAAUGAUAAUGUCAAUGAGGGAUUUUUAAUCACUGCUAUGUUGAAAUUGUAACUAAUAUUGAUACUGUUGUUGAUAAUAUUCAUUUUUGUUUCACUACUUUUGGUUUGUUGUGUGUGGUGUUUGUGUCUCCUCUCAAUUGCUCUGUUUAUUGCACUUCUGAGUGUUGCUGGCUCGGCUUUGCUUUUGGAAUUGGAUUGCAUUGUUAUGGUAUUGCUGUGUAUUGUUUUGUUGGAUUGAUUAAUUUAAAAAAAAAAAUUUUUUUUUUUUUUUUAAUUUAAAACAUAAAUAAAUAAAUAAAAUUAAAAAAAUCGAUUUAAAAAAAAAAAGAGAAUCGAUUCUGAAUCGCACAACGUGAGAAUCGCGAUUCGAGUUCGAAUCGUUUUUUUUCCCACGCCCCUAAUUUUAAUAAUUAAGAUUUGUCGAGUACCCUACAAAAUCCUUCUGAUUUCUUUUCGUUACUACCCAUUACUUUUUGUACUUAACCAGACUUUUUUUUCCCCCUUUUUUUUGGGGUACGUCUUGCGGGCCGGAUUGUGGACGCUGGCAGAUAGAAUCCGGUCCGCGGGCCGUAGUUUGGAGACCCCCAGUACUCAAUCAUUCUAAACUUGGACCUGGAUGGUGUUCUCUCUCACGGAAGAAAGCUUUUCAUAUUACAUGUUCUUUUUAAAAUGUCUAUUUAUUUUAAGUGCUGUGGUGAUCAUACAUUUGAAUGCUUGUACCCUGCAGGUCAAUUUUUAAACUGAUUGUGGAUAUUAUUUUAUAUCAAAAUGUCAAAGACUGCUUCCUGUAUCCUACCUAAUGGAACAUAAAGGAUUGUUUUAGCACCUUUUGCCUCCAGUUGUUAAAUAAAUUAUGAGGAUAGCUAACACAACAUUUUUGUUAUUGUAAGCGAAGAGGAUGCACGUCCUUCAGCAUUGUUUGGUUUUUAUUUCACUAACAUUUGCAAUUUGACAUUGAAUCAGAUGAGAAUGUGGAAUUGAUAUAUUUUUUAAUCAUUGUCUCCACAAAUUACCCUAUGUCCUCCACCUCUUGUAUUUAUUAUGAAUUCUAUUAUUUUGUUUAAUUCAAUGACACUUCCUCACAUUCUUCCACUGCGUCACCAAAACUUCUGAGCUCCUCCUUUUAAUGUAAAAAAAAAAAAAGUCUCAAAUUUCUCUUCCUUCUCUCUUCCUACCGCCCACAUUCCUAAACCGUUAUUCCCCGUACUGCAUCUCUCCAUCAAAGACUAAGCCUGCUUCCCCACCAUGGAUGACAGGACGACAACACCAACCACCACUGCGGAGGUCACAAGAGGACAACAGAAUGCAGACUUUAAGGCGUCGCCGUCCAGCAAACCUCUUCAUCGCUUUCUCCAAAAGGAGCCCCAGAGUCUCGGUGUUGUCAUCGGGAUCUGUGGCUGUGCAGAGCUGAUCAUGGGAUGCAUCUUGUUCAGGCAAACCGUGACAAACUCCGGCGACAUCUACGUUCCUUUCUGUCAGGGAGCUCUGUUUCUCACCUGUGGAAUCUUGUCCGUCUACACGGGAGCAUGUCCAUCCAAAAAGAUGGUGACCGUUUGUCUGUCCAUUGGACUCACAGUGGGGCUACAGCGAAGUGAUGCAACUUUUUGCCACGGAAUGCAUUUUGUUCACCUUCUCUGCGUGCGUGGCGGUGCUUCUCAUCUUCUUGUCAGCGGUGGCCCGCCUGGCUCUCAAAUCCACAAACACUCAGAUGUCAUCGGUGUUUGAACCUGACACUUGGGCACCACGAGCUGGAGCUGGCUCUCGGACCUCAGAGCGCGCAGGAGUGUAAAUUUGGAUGAGGUGCGAGUCCAUGCAAGGUUUUAAAAUCAAUACAUGAUGUUAGUACAUCAAUUGAGGAAAAUAGAGGGCACAUUUUAUAGCGCACAAAAAUGUGCUGACAUAUUAUGUAUCCCCUACUAACUUGUUUAUCAUUAAUAAAAUGAGUCCAAAAUUACAAGUUUUGUACAAUGCCAAGUCUGUACAUAUAAUCCACAUGUUAGUUUAUUAUCGGCGGUCACUCGAACAAGUAUGACGAUC